GCAGACUUUCUGCGUGUCACCGGAUAUUCACUACUUCAGCUGAUUAACGGCGGAGGAGCGUAGUGGUGUAGCCUCUAAAAUCAGUUAUUCGCUGUGAGAAACACCUCCGACAGCAGUCUGCUGAAUAAUUUGUAAAUAUGUACCGUGUUAGCAGUUUACUGAGAUCUGCUGCGCAGACUCUCAGAACUCCUGCCCUUGCUCGAUGUUAUGCUAAGGACUUGAAAUUUGGUCCUGAUGCCCGGGUAUUGAUGCUGCAAGGUGUUGAUAAAUUGGCUGAUGCUGUUGCUGUUACAAUGGGACCAAAGGGACGAAAUGUGAUCAUUGAACAGAGCUGGGGAAGCCCUAAGAUAACUAAAGACGGUGUGACUGUUGCCAAAGCUGUUGAGUUGAAGGACAAAUUUAUGAACAUUGGAGCUAAGUUGGUGCAAGAUGUUGCCAACAAUACAAAUGAGGAGGCUGGUGAUGGCACUACAACAGCUACAGUGCUUGCUCGAUCUAUUGCCAAAGAAGGGUUUGACAAGAUCAGUCGUGGAGCUAACCCCAUAGAGAUUAGACAUGGUGUUAUGAAUGCUGUUGAUGUUGUCGUAGAGCAACUAAAGAAUCAGUCCAGGCAAGUCACAACACCUGAAGAGAUUGCCCAGGUAGCUACCAUUUCUGCUAAUGGUGACCGUUCCAUUGGGGACAUUAUCUCCAGUGCUAUGAAAAAAGUUGGCCGGGAUGGAGUCAUUACAGUUAAGGAUGGGAAAACUUUGAAAGAUGAGUUGGAAACUAUUGAAGGAAUGAAAUUUGAUCGUGGCUAUAUUUCUCCAUAUUUCAUCAACACUUCCAAAGGUGCCAAGUGUGAAUUCCAAGAUGCCUUAGUACUCUUCUGUGAAAAGAAAAUUUCAAAUAUACAAGCCAUCAUUCCAGCACUUGAGUUAGCUAAUUCCCAACGUAAGCCUCUCUUAAUCAUCGCAGAAGAUGUUGAUGGCGAAGCUCUCACCACAUUAGUAUUAAAUAGGCUGAAAGUCGGGCUGCAAGUCUGUGCUGUAAAAGCUCCUGGUUUUGGUGAUAACCGGAAGAACACUUUGCAAGACAUGGCCAUUGCCAGUGGCGGUGUGGUAUUUGGAGAUGAAGGUAAUUUGAGCAAAUUGGAAGAUAUUCAGCUUCAUGAUUUUGGUGUUAUUUCUGAGGUUGUCAUUACAAAAGAUGAUUCCUUAUUGAUGAAGGGUAAAGGUGAAAAGAGUGACAUUGAUAAAAGAAUUUCUCUCAUUAGAGAUGAGAUUGAGCUUAGCACAUCAGACUAUGAAAAAGAAAAACUCAAUGAACGUUUAGCUAAGUUAUCAAAUGGUGUAGCUGUAUUGAAGGUUGGUGGUACCAGUGAGGUGGAAGUGAAUGAGAAAAAGGAUCGGAUCAACGAUGCAUUAAAUGCUACUAAAGCUGCUGUCGAGGAGGGAAUUGUUGCAGGUGGUGGAACUGCUCUUCUCCGAUGUAUACAUGCUCUUGAUAGUCUAAACCCAACGAACUCCGAUCAUAAAAUAGGUGUUGACAUCGUACGCAAAGCUCUUCGGGUGCCUUGCCUAACUAUUGCUCAAAAUGCAGGUGUUGACUCGCAUGAAGUUCUUGAGAAAGUAUGUCAGUUGACUGGAGAUAUGGGUUAUGAUGCAGCGGAGGGAGAAUAUGUUAAUUUGAUUGAAAAAGGAAUUAUCGACCCCACUAAGGUGGUGCGAACGGCUUUGGUUGAUGCCUCAGGUGUAGCAUCCUUAUUAACAACAGCUGAAGCAGUCAUUACAGAAAUCCCGAAAGAAGACCCACCUAUGCCAGGUGGUGGUGGUGGAAUGGGUGGUAUGGGAGGUAUGGGCGGUAUGGGUGGAAUGGGUGGCUUUUAAUAAUGCAGUUACUUAGACAUUUCAUUGAUUCACAUAAAUUGAUUCAUGAUGUAUAAAACAUUUGUCAGGUGUGAUUUUUUUUUUUUCUUUCCCCCAUACAAUCGUUCCCAACUGUUCAUAGUAAGUACAAUAUAUCUUUCUUAUACAUAGAUCUAAUGGUAGCAACUGUUAAACUGAUUGUUUCUCUUAAGUUGUUUGUAUAUUUAUUUAUUCACAAUUCUCUGAAACGCUUUCAAGUUAAUGAUCUAUUGAGUUCUCUAACAACUCUCAGUUUAUUGCUUCUGUUGAGAUAGGAUAACUGUUAGGAUGGGUGGGCAUAAACCAGUUGUAUAUAUGCAAUGUCAUAAUUAAAUCAUGGAAUUCCAUUGAAGAAACCCAUCAUUGCCCAAGAGACACUGGCCCCUUUAGCAUCUAGUGUCGAAUGCAUUUAACAGAUUGGUGUUCAAAGUGAAAUCUGUUUGGCUUGAGCGAAUAUUGUUCAGCUUUGACCAUCUUAUGAAAUAUGGUCAUAACUGACCAUUACUUCAGUUGACAAUGACUUGUGUAUAUGGCUCCGGUUGUUAUAUUUGGGAUAGAGGCCAUGCUGCUGUCAUAGCUAAGAUAGAGAUACUUGUAGUCCUGAAUGUAAAAGGUUGCUCAUUUUAAGCUUAAUUCUGCUGGGCACGUUAAUUUUAUCUACUUUUGUAGUUAAUUAUCUGAUGCCAUUGAAAUGGUAUAUAGUUUUGGUGGUGUUAAUGAACUAUUUUCAUGGUGCUACAAAUUAAAGUUCUUGUUCAGAGUU